GCGGAUCCUGUCUGGUGGUUCGGUUACAGUAGAUGCCAAGAUGGCUGCAAGCAAUUAUUAUGGGUUCACUCAUGGUGCCGGUCCGCAGUACAGGUAAUUACAUAGCUGCUGGCUAUGGGUAGCAUGCACUCAUCCCGAGUCGUCGCCCCGUCUUCUUGCGACGAGUAUGCCUCCAAACGCCUCAUUGCUGGUGCGAUAUUGCUAGCUCGAGGCCUUGGGAGUGCAAUGGAUAUGCUAGCCAGAUUAGUUAGCUAACUACUGACUGUUAACCAGCAAAGCAGGUUCCAGUCUUGCCCGGCUAGGGAGCGCUUCGCACUUGGAAUAUAAUGAAACCUCAUAAAACUCUCAUUCGUUUGGCAAAUAUGAUUAACUGGCUACAGUUGCUAGCUUAAUAUGUAUGGUAAAAUGGCUAGCUAGUUAGCUUUUUUUCCCUAGUGGCAGGGACGCACGAAUUAGUUGACUUCCCGAGGUGUAAUCAUUAGUCCAAACGAUUGCGUUUUGCGAAGACAACUAAAGUUUCUAUUAUUGGACACAUUAAGAUAGUUCCCUCCCAGUUUCGUUCUGUUUGCUUCCGUUUAAGAAACGUUUUCGUUUUGCAACAAUCGGCGUAAUGAAUACGCCCCUGGUCAGCUUCAAACUAGCAGUCACAUUUUGGGCGAAUAUGCUAACAUUUGAGGCCGUUCAGUUGUCGAACGUUGGCGUUGCACAUAGAAACGCCAUGAAUAGAGCCAACAUGAUUCCUUGUUCUAAAUGUAGAGGCAUGUUUGUUCUACAUAACAUAUUUCUAUAACUACAGGACUCCUGAUAUCUCCAGGAGUGAUACGUAUAAUUGUUUGUCUAUCUGUUGUGGUCUAGUACUGUCUUUUUGCUAGCUAGGACCAUCUACUUUAAGUGCUGCCCUUCUUCCCAGUAGCCACUUGGUGUGUGAACUGCUGAACCCUCAUAACUUGCAGAUGAUUGUUGACACAUCAACCAUGAUUAAGGGGCAGGGCAAUUUGUGACUGUUGUGGUUUUGGUAAUCAGUGUAUCAUUGCCGAAACAAAGAUGGCUCUGCCGAGUUAUUCCAGGAAGGAAAGAGCGGAAGACUCCACACCACUCUCUCACUUGUGUAUCUUACCUAGUUAUUUUCAGAUGUCAUUUUGCUCUUUUGUAGCCUUGGCAACUCUGUAUGUUUUCUAUCCCAGUUCGCUCCUCUACCUGUAGGCUUUACAGACUCUCCCCACCCGUUGGCUGCAACCCUUCUAAUUUAGUGUACCAUGCUCAGCCUAUGCUGCCCUUCAGUCCCUAGAAUUUUUGGCCCUGACGGAGACAUGAAUCACCCCAGAGAACACUGCUACUCCAGCUGCCCUACAUGCAAAAUGUGUAGAAUUGUGGGAAAUUUGCUUUGAAACUGCCAAAUCUUCUCUCCGCCAACAAGAGGGGUGUGAACAGUUUGGUGUUGCAUGGGUUGCGAGGUAGGGGUUUGUUACUACGCCGAUAAAUUACAUUAUCCAUCUGGACUUUUGCCACCUAGGAAAUUUGUGUGACCGGACCUUCUCAAAUAGUACUUGAGUACCCCUGUCCUAGAUCUAUCCGCUGCCUUUGACACCGUGAACCAUCAGAUCCUCCUCUGCACCCUCUCAGGGCUGGGUGUCUCAGGCUCUGCACACUUGGAUUGCAUCCUACCUGGCAGGGCGCUCCUACCAGGUGACGUGGAGAGUAUCUGUGUCUGCACCACUUACUCUCACUACUGGUGUCCCCCAGGGCUCGGUUCUAGGCCCUCUCCUCUUCUCUCUAUACACCAAGUCACUUGGCUCCGUCAUAUCCUCACAUGGUCUUUCCUAUCAUUACUAUGCGGAUGACACUCAACUACUUUUGUCCUUCCCCCCUUCUGACACCCAGGUGGCGAAACGCAUCUCUGCGUGCCUGGCAGAUAUCUCCGCUUGGAUGUCGGCCCAGCACCUCAAGCUCAACCUCGACAAGAGGGAGCUGCUUUUCCUCCCGGAAGAAGGCCUGCCCGCUCCAAGACCUCAACAUCACGGUUGACAACUCCAUGGUGUCCCCCUCCCAGAGUGCAAAGAACCUUGAUGUGACCCUAGACAACACCCUGUCGUUCUCAGCAAAAAUGAAAGCAGCGACUUGCGCCUGCAGGUUCAUCCUCUACAACAUCAGUAGAGUACGAUCCUACCUCACACAGGAAGUGGCGCAGGUCCUAAUCCAGGCACUUAUCCUCUCCCGUCUGGACUACUGUAACUCGCUGUUGGCUGGGAUCCACGCUGAUGCCAUCAAACCCCUGCAACUUAUCCAGAACGCUGCAGCCCCCCCCCCCCAGUAUUCAGGUUACACAUUUACCAUUUAGAGAUGCCCUUCAUAAAUGUCAGUGCUUCACUUGGUAUUGACAGAGCGUUUUCCGUUUCCAUUGUGCCUCAUUCUUCCCUCCAUCUUGUCUCUGUCCCCACAGCGUUCAGCCUCCACCGGCCUUUGCCCACCCUACCACAGCCAGCUACGGUGUCCAGCCGGCCCCUGCCGUGGCCCAUGCAGUGACCGCCUCCUAUGCCCCUGCCCCUGCACAACCAGCCAGGCCCGUGGCCUCUGCCCCCUACCUGGCAGCAUACCAGACCCACUCUGCCCCCCCAGACUAUGGCUACCGGCAGCCGGACCCUACGCCCCAACCCACCACCACCCCACAGGCGUACCAGCUACCGGUAUACACCGAAACGGUCAGUCCUAUUUCCAUUCUUUAGCAUCCCGUUGCAUGCUGUCAUCGUCUUUUUAUCUAUUAGCUAUUGUAUAUAAAUGCAAGUACCUGGGGAGAGUUUUAGAUUGUCCAAGUCACAUUAAUCCUGUGUAGCUCAGUUGGUAGGGCAUGGCGCUUGCAACGCCAGGGUUGUGGGUUUGAUUCCCACGGGGGACCAGUAUGAAAAUGUAUGCACUCACUACUGUAAAUCGCUCUGGAUUAGAGCGUCUGCUAAAUUACUAAAAUGUAAAGAAAAUGUGCUCUAUUUUGAACACUAUUUGCUAUGCAUAUUUACUCUGUAAAACAACCUUUCAGGAUAACUACAGUUACGGACGCCCACCUGCAGUCACUAGUUAUGAGACUAAGCAGUACUACCAGACAAGUAUAGCUCCAGCCCAGCGGACACCAACAGAAGCUUACUACCAGACAGGUGAGUCAUUGUCAACCUUAUUCCCAUACAUAAUCACACAAAGAAAAUCAUUAACACUGCAAUGCAAGAGCCACCGAUUCAUUUGAAAUGUUCUCUCUUGUCUGAACAUGACAAUACAUAGUGUUUUUACUGUCUUAUACACUAUUCAUGAGAACAUACUACUGUGCAAAAGAACUUGGCUGCUGAUGUACUGCAAAAGCCAGUAUAUUGAAUAUCGUGGAACUGGAGCCAAGCCUGUUAAACAACACUGUGAUGAUGAUGUCUUUCCCUUUCCUGUAGGUGUGAAGAGUGGCUACAGUCCAGUCAGCACAGUGUACAGCCAGCCCCCUCCACCACAGAGGCAAGUCACAGCUUUAAAGCCUCUGGCCCCCGCUAGCUCAGUGUCCACCAGCUACAACAUCUACCCAGUGUCCACCAGUGUUCAGCAGCCUCCAACCCCCAUCUCGUCUUACACCCCUUGCUCCUCCUUCAACUCCACAGCUGCCACCUCCUACUCGGGUAAGAGAUAGAGCUUAUUCCCACACCGCCAGAACUCCACAUUUAACCCCAAGGAUCAACCCUUGUGAAAUUCAAGCAAGCACUGCUUGCAUAUUUGUCACAGCAUAUGUGUUUUUAGUGUGACCCCCUUCUGCCCCGUCUCAACUCUCCAUCUCUCACCUUAGGCAUCAGCUACUCUACCUAUGACUCGAGUGGCUACACUUCCACCCCCUCCUACUACCAGCCUGCACAGCUUUCCACUCCCCAGCCGCCCCCCCAGCAGCCCCAGCCGUCCAUGCAGCCACCUCACAAGCAGCUCACCAGCUCCUCCUGGAGCAACGCGGGGAGCAACAUGGUGACUGCUCCCACAGUCAAUGCCUACAAGAAGCCCAUGUUCCACCAGAACAGGCUGCAGAAGCCCAAAGGGCCACCCAAGCAGCCCCAGCUGCACUACUGUGACAUCUGCAAGAUCAGCUGUGCUGGCCCGCAGGUAGUGGUGAACUGUGUGGGUGAUAUGUUAUGAGAUGGACAGGUCAUUUGUUGGCAACGGACAUAACGACAACAGAGUCAAAUGAAUGUACAGUAUUUUAACAUGCAACAGUUAAACAUGUAACGUGCCUAAGGUGAGACAUACUGUAGAAACACAGGAUGGACAUUCAAUGUUUUUUGCAGGUUUGUUUUUCUAGGUAUGUUGAAUUAACUGUUGUUAAAUGGUUUUCUCCGCAGACAUACCGGGAACACCUCGAGGGCCAGAAGCACAAGAAGAAGGAGGCAGCUCUGAAGGCUGGCAGCGCGGGGGGGAGCAACGGGCCCCGGGGGAUUCAGACCCAGCUGCGCUGUGAACUAUGUGACGUUGCUUGCACUGGCGUAGACGCGUACGCCGCCCAUAUCCGAGGGGCCAAGCACCAGAAGGUAGCACAGCUGCACUGACAGGAGGAGCAACAUCAGGCAGCUAGCUAGCUAAUUGAUGCACUGUUUAGCUAGCUAAUUUGUCUAGAUCAGCUCUGUGAUAGUUGCACAUGUUGGUGUAUCAUUAGUGUAACACUUUUAAUCAGGUAUUUGUGAUAUCCCACCUCACAAUUUUUUAUAAUGUGUUAUUUCUCUCCUUCACCCUGUGUAGGUGGUGAAGCUCCACACCAAACUAGGCAAACCUAUACCGUCAACUGAGCCCAUUUUAGUGAACAAUGCUCCAAUUAUCUCAACGUCGACCGCUGGGAAGACGACCCCUAUUGUCGUCAAGGCAGCUGCACCUGUAGCGCCACCCAAACCGGUGGUCGUAAACGCCGUCAAGGCCCCAUUAUCUGUGAAGAAGCCAAUCACACCCAAAAUAACCCUUCUUGGUAAGUCUUCCAAAAAAAUCAGUUUUUAGUAGUUGGGAUUAUGAUAUUAUCUGUGCUGACAGAUUAAACCAAUGAUGGAUCAUUUAAGCAGUAAUUCUGGACUCACAAACGGCACUUCUAAGUUGCACCUUACUAAUAUUUGGCCUUCCUCUUGACAGCCAACAAGCCUGCCACCCCUCCAUCAGCCAAGGUGGAUGAGGCCAAGCAGUCAGCAACAGUUUCUAAGAGCGAGACCACGAGUGACGAUGAGGAUGGAGAUGGAGUGGGGGGACAAGGGGACGUCCAGCCUGUGGGACAUGACUAUGUGGAGGAGGUAGGAGUUAUUUUUAAUGUAUUUGUAUUCACUAAUCAUUUUGUAAAAGAUGCGAAGGUUAUGGUAUGUUCUAAUGCAAGUUUCCGUUUUGAUGAUGGGAAGGUGCGUAAUGAUGAUGGGAAGGUGAUUCGCUUUCACUGUAAACUCUGUGAAUGCAGUUUCAAUGACCCCAACGCUAAAGACAUGCACCUGAAGGGACGCAGGCACCGGCUGCAGUACAAGGUAAGAUGUUUCUAGAGCUAACCGCUAUGUACUACAAUGCACUUAUUGUGCUGGCAAAAUUUAUUGACUGAAAAACAUAAACAUUGAACCCUGUGACCUGUUGUACAAGCAUGUCAAGUCACUGCAAAACUAUCACCACUAGAUGGCAGACUUUGUUUAGGCAGGAUGUAGACAUUGCUUGCAAUGUCCUGUAGCCCCCUUGUCAUUUGGCUCUCAGUUGAAUUAUGUCAUUCACAUUUACAUCUACACAUCAAAUUAUAAUUUAUUUCCAUUAUGGCUCUAUGCCUACCUCUCAGUUCGAGAGCCUGCUACUCACUAGGUGUGUGAGUGUGUGUGUGAAUGUAUGAAUGACAGCUAUUGACAUUGUUACUAUCCCUUCCUUCCCCUCCUAUAGAAGAAGGUGAACCCAGAGCUGCCGGUGGAGAUCAAGCCCAGUAACCGGGCAAGGAAACUGCAGGAGGGCAAACUGAGGAAACAGAAACAGAAGGCUGUGCUGAAGAGACAAAGGGAUGAUGAGCAGCGCUGGCACUUGGAGAUGAGGUCAGAGCCAGACAGCAGCUGGCACACAGAGAUGAGGUCAGAGUCCUUGCUUAGGCAUAGAUCACGCUUACUCACCCCAAAAACCUAGUGUCAUCCAUUUGGGGGUUAAAUGGAUAGUGUGAGAUUUUGGCAAUUAAGCCCUUUUCUACUUACCCAAAGUCAGAUGAACUCAUGGAUACCAUUUUUAUGUGUCUGCGUGCAGUUUGAAGGGAGUUGCUAACUAGCGUUAUCGAAAUUGCUAACUAGCAUUAGCGCAGUGACGAAGUCUACAGAUACAGCUGUACCUGUAGACUUCCAGUCAUUGCGCAUCGUAGCUAUACUUAUAGACAUCCAGUCAUUGCGCUAACGCUAGUUAGCAAUGGCUCGCAAAACUACCUUCAACUUCCUUCAAACUGCACGCAGAGACAUAAAAAAAAACGUAACCCUAUCCAUGAGUUCAUCUGACUGGGUAAGUAGAAAAAGGACUUACGGUCUGAGCAGUGCUUAGGGGUAACUUCUUCCUAUAGUGUUUUUUCUUGGCCAUGAUUUCAGAGGAAGGCAGAGCAGGGGAACCCUGCUGCUGGGUCCACUACCCAUAUCGUUCUGAAGCCCAUGCUCUCAGUGUGGUUCAACCACAAGAGAAUUCCCCUGCCUUCCUCAGUAAUAAAGAAAUGUUCCUCUUAUUAUGCCAGUUCCCAUUUUCAAUACAUUUCCUCCUAAUAUCGUAAUAUAGAAUGCCUGCAACAUCUUAAGUGAUGAGAACUCUUGAUUCCUCCAGCAUUAUCUGGCCAAAUGCCUUUCAACAGUCUCAAAGAUGCUCCUGAUCAGCAUUUUCACCUAACAGACAGGUAUCUCAGCAGAAGAAUCUACCCAGUCUGAAUAUUUAAUAAUCCUGUGCUGUAUGUGUCUCCUCUGCCAGGCGCUAUGAGGAGGACAUGUACUGGAGGAGGAUGGAGGAGGAGCAGCUAUACUGGGGGGAGCAGAGACACAGGAUGCCCCCCCCUCCACUCAUGAGCCGGCCUGGCAUGCCAGUGCCCCCCCUACUGGUGAAAUCAAUGAUUAAAUCCAAUCAAUCAAUCAAUGUUCGGUUUACAUGAACUUGAUCGCUAGAGGAAAAACUGGUGCAACCAGGAUUUAUGUAUUUAGCUUUUCAGUUUGUUUCCAGAAGUGUUUCGUUGUAGAGAGCACCUGGUUUUAUUCAGCUCUUCUCUUCUCCCCUUAGCAGCCUGUGCGUCGGCCGGACUCCCCAGACGACCGCCACAUCAUGGCCAAACACUCCACCAUCUACCCUGUGGAGGAGGAACUGCAGACGGUGCAGAGGAUUGUGUCCCACUCUGAGAGAGCCCUCAAACUGGUGUCUGACUCCCUGCUGGAGAAAGAGCCCCCCGCUGCUGCUCCUAAGACUGAUACAGAGGCUGAUGCUGGUGAAAAAGGGUAAGAGCUAUAUGGGUUUUGUACUAGUUCUCUACCUCGUUAUCUUUCUCUCUGUUUCUCUAAAUCCAUCUCACUUCCACACACAAUGUUCUAUACAACACAUUUCCAUUGGAAUGUUCUGUAAUGCUGUACCCUCCUGAUGUGGGCCAUGGGCAAGUAGUAGGGCUGGGUGCUGCUUUAAGAUUGCAAUCGUCUUUCGACGAUGUUUGACAGCCAUCGUCGAUGGUGAUGACAUCGUGAUGCCACAAAUUAUGGUUUUAGCAUAUUUGCGUUUGUUUGCUGCACAACAGCGCAGCGCAGUGAGCACACAGCAGGACGACAUGCAAAAAGGCCUAUUCCCUAUUUGCCAUAGCCUAAUACAUUUCAAUACUUAUGUGGUAGUUAGACUUCACAUAAUGCAAAAGAUAAUGUAGAUUGUAGAAAGAGCAGAGAGCACCAAAGCUGCGCAAAAUGUCAGAUCGGGUCUAGUGUGUGUCCCCAAUGUCGGAUGAUCAUGGGUGUUUUGCAGUGGGCACUCCGUUGUCUGAUAAUUUCCCCUUUUCUCUCCAAUCCCUGUUCGAUUUUAAAUGUGACUUGUCAUACUAGCCUACUCUUUCACUAUCAACAUCAAAUUAAUCUAUAGGUCUAACGGAGUUCCAUCUCAAAGUUGUUUGUGAAUAUCCUGAAUAAAAACAUAGUUAUAAUGAGAGAGAGAGAACAAAGCAAGAUGGACAAAUCGAAUAGGAAGUUUAAACUAACCUGGUACGUUUCUGCUUUACUUGACCAAAGUGUAGGCAAAAUAAAUUUAGCAGACGGAAAAUCCCUCCUUGCAAACCAAAAAGCCAAUAAUAUAGGCCUACACACAGUCUACUGUCAAUAAAAGUUGCAGUAAAAGUUACUUUGACAAGUUAAACGUAUAAACGAAUAUGUAUAAAACUGUUGACGUGUUUAUUACUGUCCUUGAAUUGUCUAACGGGCAAUCGGGCAUAAUCUCCCGCAGCAGCACUUUCAAUAAUCGGGAACAAAACAUGAAUGAUCAGUGUGUUUCAAUAGCUUACAAAUUGUGCAUUUAUAUAAAAGUCAACAACGAUCAGAUAGUGAGGGGGAAAAAAGUAUUUGAUCCCCUGCUGAUUUUGUAAGUUUGCCCACUGACAAAGAAAUGAUCAGUCUAUAAUUUUAAUGGUAGGUGUAUUUGAACAGUGAGAGACAGAAUAACAACAAAAAUCCAGAAAACCGCAUGUCAAAAAUGUUAUAAAUUGAUUUGCAUUUUAAUGAGGGAAAUAAGUAUUUGACCCCCUGUCAAUCAGAAAGAUUUCUGGCUCCCAGGUGUCUUUUAUACAGGUAACGAGCUGAGAUUAGGAGCACACUCUUAAAGGGAGUGCUCCUAAUCUCAGCUUGUUACCUGUAUAAAAGACACCUGUCCACAGAAGCAAUCAAUCAAUCAGAUUCCAAACUCUACACCAUGGCCAAGACCAAAGAGCUCUCCAAGGAUGUCAGGGACAAGAUUGUAGACCUACACAAGGCUGGAAUGGGCUACAAGACCAUCGCCAAGCAGCUUGGUGAGAAGGUGACAACAGUUGGUGCGAUUAUUCGCAAAUGGAAGAAACACAAAAGAACUGUCAUUCUCCCUCGGCCUGGGGCUCCAUGCAAGAUCUCACCUCAUGGAGUUGCAAUGAUCAUGAGAACGGUGAGGAAUCAGCCCAGAACUACACGGGACGAUCUUGUCAAUGAUCUCAAUGCAGCUGGGACCAUAGUCACCAAGAAAACAAUUGGUAACACACUAUGCCGUGAAGGACUGAAAUCAUGCAGCGUCCGCAAGGUUCCCUGCUCAGGAAAGCACAUAUACAGGGCCGUCUGAAGUUUGCCAAUGAACAUCUGAAUGAUUCAGAGGAGAACUGGGUGAAAGUGUUGUGGUCAGAUGAGACCAAAAUGGAGCUCUUUGGCAUCAACUCAACUCGCCUUGUUUGGAGGAGUAGGAAUGCUGCCUAUGACCCCAAGAACACCAUCCCCGCCGUCAAACAUGGAGGUGGAAACAUUAUGCUUUGGGGGUGUUUUUCUGCAAAGGGGACAGGACAACUUCACCUCAUCAAAGGGACGAUGGACAGGGCCAUGUACCGUAAAAUCUUGGGUGAGAACCUCCUUCCCUCAGCCAGGGCAUUACAAAUGGGUCAUGGAUGGGUAUUCCAGCAUGACAAUGACCCAAAACACAGGGCCAAGGCAACAAAGGAGUGGCUCAAGAAGAAGCACAUUAAGGUCCUGGAGUGGCCUAGCCAGUCUCCAGACCUUAAUCCCAUAGAAAAUCUGUGGAGGGAGCUGAAGGUUCGAGUUGCCAAACGUCAGCCUCGAAACCUUAAUGACUUGGAGAAGAUCUGCAAAGAGGAGUGGGACAAAAUCCCUCCUGAGAUGUGUGCAAACCUGGUGGGCAACUACAAGAAACGUCUGACCUCCAACUGAUUGCCAACAAGGGUUUUGGCCCUGUGUAGCUCAGUUGGUAGAGCAUGGCGCUUGCAGGGUUGUGGGUUAGUUUCCCACGGGGGGCCAGUAUUAAAAAAUGUAUGCACUCACGAACUGUAAGUCGCUCUGGAUAAGAGCGUCUGCUAAAUGACUAAAAUGUAAGUACUAAGUCAUGUUUUGCAGAGGGGUCAAAUACUUAUUUCCCUCAUUAAAAUGCAAAUCAAUUUAUAACAUUUUUGACAUGCGUUUUUCUGGAUUUUUUUGUUGUUAUUCUGUCUCACUGUUCAAAUAAACCUACCAUUAAAAUUAUAGACUGAUCAUGUCUUUGUCAGUGGGCAAACAUACAAAAUCAGCAGGGGAUCAAAUACUUUUUUCCCUCACUGUAACAAAUUAUUAUUUAGCCUAUAACAUUCUUUAACCUCUUAAAUGUAAUAGCAAAAGUUAGAUUUCCGCCUAAAUAGACAUACCCAAAAGUAACUGCUAUUCAUGUGUAAUUACAUGAUUCUGACAUGCCAAAACUAGGAAAGAAGACAUCUGGGAAAUAAUGAGGAUCAGAAGAUGGAUAGGAGUUACAUAGUUCAGAAUACACAAGAUCAAGCACACACAAAAUAACAGUUUUCUUAUUUUUAAAGUAAUCUUUCAUUGACAAGCUAUAAGUGGAUUAUUGAUGCCCAGAGCUGGAAACACAUCAGAUGGCUUCCACAACAUUUACAUUUAAAUUUUAGUCAUUUAGCAGACACUCUUAUCCAGAGCGACUUACAGUUAGUGAGUGCAUACAUUUUCAUACUGGCCCCCCGUGGGAAACGAACCCACCACCCUGGCGUUGCAAGCACCAUGCUCUACCAACUGAGCUACAGGGGACUAAUAUCAGGAAAAAAUGGGAUUGAUAGACCUAACAACUAGAAAUGGGCAGAUGUUUUAGUGUUGUCAGGUGUGGUCACGGGACGUUUCCAAGUGUCCCUAAACCUCUCCAAAGUGGCAUAUGUCUGUGAAUUAGAUAAUUCCACUGCUAUUACAUAUUGGCAAUCCGUAAAUGCUAUUUGUUCAGUAUAAAAACACAAUUUCUACCAUAUCAACCUCACUCGAACAUUGUGGUGGUGUUAUGGGGUAUCCAGGGUACAUGUCCUUUCAACCUCUCCAAAGUGUCUGAAUGUGGUAAUUGCACUGUUUUUGCACACUUGAUAUGCCUAAAAGUUAUUGUUCACUAUAAAAACAAAAUUUUUACAACACCAACCUCUUUCAAACAUUGUGGUGGUGUUGCGGGACAUACAGGGAAUAUCCAAGUGUUUUUUUUUCAACCUCUCCAAAGUGCCUGAAUGUUUAGCCUAGACAUAUCCAAUGUAUUGGUCCCACAUACAAAUGAACUGUUUACAAAAACAAUAUAAAAGCAACAGAUAUACAUUUUAAAAAAUUAUGUCUUAUCAAACACAAACUUGGUUACACACCUGUUCUUCACUAAAAAAGGUGCAAAAAUAUAAAUAAGCGGAACUAUUUACAAAUGGCAUUCGUGUUCGUUUUACAUCCCAGGUGUAGAUGAUUAGAUUUCACUUUCACCGUAGCUUGUGCAUGUUGUAAAAGUCUUUGAAGCAGUCCCUCUCUGCCAGGAAACAAAAAGCGAACUGGGAUUUCAGAAAGAAGAUCGACAUUUCACGCUUUUUUCCCCCCUGUGUUUUGUGCAAUACUUGCAGUUCUUCCUUUUUGUCUUUUGGCAUGUGUGUUGGAUAGUGGGGGGGGGUCUUGUGAUGGUUGAGGUUGCUUUGGGCCCCCAAUUCAGCCAUUUCCAACACCAGCUGCUCUCGGAAGGCCAACUGGGAGAGAGGGGUUUGACCUUUUGCUUUGGCCAUCUGCUUGUGGAGAAUGAAAGCAUUUACUGUAGCAAUGUCCACAAAGUGGUAAAAAAAAAGUAUUAUACAACUUCCUGGUCUUGUGGAGGACCUGGUAGUAGCAUAUCAUAGCAUCAGAUAGGUCGACACCCCACGUGUUGGCAUUGUAGUCCUUCACAGAAACAGGAAUGGGGACAUUCUUCCUUUUUCUCCCUCCUUGAGACAUGGUCGUUAUUGAAUGCCUUCUACUGUGUGGUGAGCAUGGUUACUUCCCUAGUGUUCUUCCAUUUCACAAAAAGCAGCUUGUUAGUCCUGAUCCAACGUAUGGUCCCCCUCUCCGCUGUCUUUGUCAUGUUGUUUACCUUGGUCUUGGGGAAACCGAUUAUUUUAGGACGAAUGGUGCCACAAGCCCCUAUGUUCUUUUUGAAGAGGUCUAUGAAAAUUGAAUGUAGAACCAUCAGACGGGGUGAUUUACUUAGUAGUGGGGGGUGAAGACCUUGACCGGCGAGGGCGCUUGCUGGGCAGGUGUGGCUCCCAAACGUCAGCAUCCAAAUAGUCUGCAUCCUCAGCUCUGUGGUGAAUAAAAUAGAGAAAUAUUGUUGUAAGACACAGAAUUACAGUUGACUAAAUUUACAAAAUGACAUUACUGUAAAGUAAAAACACCAAGCCUAAACUUUAUCUGUACAGUGACUCACAUAGGUGUGACGCACACACACAAUGCAAACAGUAACACUUUGGAGACAAAGGCAGAGGUGAGAACCACAAAUAAACAAAGGCCAUGAGAGGAUGAAACUCAGAACAGCAAACCGUGAACUAAUAUAAAACAUAGACAAUAACUACUUUGGAAUUAUAUAACGUUGAAAUUACUUGUUACAUAGGCCUAUAAACUAAAUCCAAAGCACAAAAAGCAGACAAUUUAUAAAAAACGAAAUAUAUAUAUAUAUAUAUAUAUAUACACACACACACAGUAAAUUAGCUAUGUAAAGUCAUGGAAAUAAUUUACUUACAGAUCUAAAAGUGAAUCCAAUUUGGUCAGGUCUGCUGGCUCACCUUUAUCAUUCGGCCUGAAACCAAAGAACUGCCAAACAGGCAAAGACGUGCUUUUCUUUCCCACCAAGUCAGCCAUAGUUUUUUAAUGAUUUAGCAUAAGGCAGUCUGAAACUGUCGGAAAGUAGCCUAAUGGAAGAAAGAAUGUUGCAAAUACGCUUACCCAGAUCAAGAUUAAAUGACAAUCAGUCUACACCAGGGGUGUCAAACGUCCGGCCCGCAAACGGGUUUAAUCCGGCCCGCGAGAUGAUUGGCGCAAUAGCAAUUGUGUUAAGCAAGCAAACUGUUUAUACCGGGGCAGAGCAAGUAGGUCAAGCACGUGCAGCCAAUGAGCUACUUUGUUUUACCCACGAUAUUUAUUACGGCUUCUACUUUUAACAUUAUGUGCUUUGGCACCCUCAUUGCCCCAAUAUGUCUCUGUCAAAAAAGAGAAAAGUGGACGCAGAGUGCAGAGUGUUCCAAGAAAAAUGGUCAUCCUAUUUAUUCACGGAAUUGAAUGGGAAAGCUGUAUGUUUGGUGUGUUCAGAGCAUGUUGCAGUGCUGAAAGAAUAUAACCUUUGUCGCCACUAUGUGAGUCUUCAUGCCGACAAAUAUGACAACUUUCAAGGACAGCGGAGAUGAGAGAAGGUGAAUGAACUGUUGGCGGGUCUGAAGAAACAGCAGUCUGUGUUUACUCACAGCCGAGACAUCAGUGACGCUGCAGUGAAAGCUAGCUACCUCAUUGCUAAUGAAAUCGCAGUGGCUUCAAAACCAUUUAGUGAGGGUGAAUUUGUAAAAACAUGCAUGAUGAAGGCAGCGGAGAUUGUGUGCCCUGAAAAGCGGCAGGCUUUUGCAAAUAUCAGCCUGACAAGAAACACAGUUGCAGACAGGAUUUCCGAUCUUUCAGUGGAUUUGGACAGCCAGUUGAAGCAAAAAGUAAAGUCAUUUAUUGCGUUUUCGGUUGCAAUUGAUGAAAGCACGGACAUUAGAUGUUGCACAACUGGCCAUUUUCAUCCGCGGAGUUGAUGACACAUUGACCGUCACCGAGGAGUUCGUGGAGUUGGUGCCGAUGACAGAUACAACGACAGCAGCUGAUAUUUUUACCGCACUCGUCGGCGCGCUGGACAGGGUCGGAGUGGACUGGUCCCGCGCUGUCAGUCUGGCUACAGAUGGUGCGCCCUCAAUGAUCGGGAAAAAAGCAGGCGUUGUGACAAAGUUCAGAGAGAAAGUGCAAUCUGCAAAUGGAGGACGUGAUUUUUUGACUUUUCACUGUAUUUUGCACCAGGAGGCUUUGUGUUGCAAGUCAUUAAAGAUGGAUAACGUCAUGAAGGUGGUCAUCCAAACUGUUAAUUUCAUCCGAUCCAGAAGCCUGAAUCACCGUCAGUUUGACAGCCUUCUCAGAGAGAAAGACCACAUCUAUGGCCUGCCAUACCACACUGAGGUAAGAUGGUUAAGCCGAGGUGCUGAGGUGUUUCUUUGAUUUACGAGAAGAAAUUGAACAGUUCAUGGAAGAAAAGGGCAAACCAGUGUUAGAAUUUCAUUCUGCAGAAUGGAUGCAGGACCUUGCAUUUAUGGUGGAUGUUACAGAGCACCUGAAUAACUUGAACAAACAGCUGCAAGGGCGCAACAAAGUUGUCACGCAGUAUUAUGACAGCAUACGUUCUUUCAAGUUGAAGCUGUCAUUGUGGGAGACGCAACUUGCCGGUGGUGAUGCAGCUCACUUCCCCUGUCUGAAAAAUGUGUGCGCGACCCAACGUGGCAGACAUGAAGCGGUUCAAAGAUAAAAUAACGGGACUGUUACGGGAGUUUGAGCAACGCUUUCAGAUUUAUGUUUAUGUUUUUAUGUUGAUGUGCUAUUGUUUUUAAUUGUUUUAAUUUUAUUUGUAUAUUUAACCUAUUCUUGACUCUGUGGUUCUUGCACUUGUUUGGGGAACAGGAUUUCAUUAUUUUUAUCUACAUUUCUGCCUGAGAAAUGACACCCUGAUAUAGUUCUGUGAUAUACUUCUGUGAAUCACUGAGGCAUUGUGUGUUUGUGUGUUCUUUGUCCUCAGAACUUUCAAAUAACUUGAGGUGUUUUAUGAUUAAUAGUGAUGUUGUGCUUUUGGACACUGUCCUCAGGCUCCAGCUUUAUGUUUAUGUUUUUAUGUUGAUGUGCUAUUGUUUUUAAUUGUUUUUUAUUUUAUUUGUAUAUUUAACCUAUUCUUGACUCUGUGGUUCUUGCACUUGUUUGGGGAACAGGAUUUCAUUAUUUUUAUCUACAUUUCUGCCUGAGAAAUGACACCCUGAUAUAGUUCUGUGAUCUGUGAAACAGUUCUGUUAAUCACUGAGGCAUUGUGUGUUCUUUUUCUUUAGAAUUUUCAAAUAAACUUGACGUGUUUUAUGAUUAAUAGUGAUGUUGUGCUUGUACUAUUUUGGACACACUGUCCUCAGGCUCCAGCUUUAUGUUGUAUGUUGAUCGUAUUAAAACAAAGAAAACAAUCUGAAGUUGUUGUUCUUAAGUUAUAUAUACCAUGUGGCCCUGAGCUAAAAUGAGUUUGACACCCCUGGUCUACACUAUUGUGUAUAAUAUUUUAAAGUAGGCUAAUAUAACUAAUAUGAAUCAUAGCUCUUCCAAUUUGAAAAUCAUGCUGCCUAGACUAGAUUUAAAAAUAAAAGUAGGUCAAACACUGUUUAGGCCUAGCAAUGUGUCCUUUAUAUUGCGUUCUUCCUGCCAAUUGACCCCUCUUGGAGCAACGCGAUACAAUAGACGAUACGAUUGUAUUUCAAUGAUGUUUGGACAGGACAAUGGGACGAUGUGUCAUUCCAGACAUCGCCCAACCAUAGCAUGUAGCCUGAUGUAUAUUUUUCCUUUACCCAUCCCUGCUUGACCUCUGAUCCCUGGUGUGUAGACCUGACACUCAGGCGGCCCGUAUGCUGAAGGGGGUGAUGAGGGUCGGCAUUCUGGCCAAGGGCCUGCUGCUCAACGGGGACAGGAACGUGGAGCUCAUCCUGCUGGCUGCCAAGAAGCCCACCCUCUCUCUACUGAACGACAUCGCUGAGCAGCUGCCCAAAGAACUGAUGGUAAGAUGAUUAUCAGCUUCCCUUAAGUGGAAUCAUAUCUUUUGGGAUCCACUGUGUAUGAGAUGGAGGUGGGGUUUUCUACAUGCAGUUGGAUUAUACACCAGAAAAUAACACAUCAACCAUUAUAAGGAACAGUUAGGGACUUUUCCCCAUCUUUGAUGCAAUUUGGUCAAAAGAGGAAAUCUGAUUUUCAUUAUAAAAUGACAAACCACAACUCUUGACGUCAUGUCAUGUCAUGAGGUUGUCGUCAGGGCUGCACCAACACUAGAAAAGGAACGUACUGUAAGAUCACACUGUAUCAUUAAUGAUUCAAGGAGAGUGGUUUCCCCUCUGUCUGUACUGCAGAGCUCAGUUCAUAAACCUGCAAUCUUAUUUGAACAGUAAAACAUGUAUUUGCAUCUGUGGUGCCUGAGAUGCCAAGAGUAGUGCUGAUGGGACACAAUACCAGUCUGUGCCUUACCAGUGGUCACAACAUCUAGACUACAGAUGGGCAUCAAGACUAUUCAAGAAGAAACAGUCAAUGAAAGGACCUAUACCAAAAAACAUGGGUUAAAAUAGUGUUUGUUUUCUUUCAUAUGCUUUAGCUUACGCUUGAUUGCGCUAUGAGCUUGUCUGGCACAAUGGAAUAGUCAACAAAAAUGAUUGCUGAAUUUCACAUUUGGCACUCCAGCAGGUUCAAUUAAAUGUCCAAAGCAUUUAAAAGAAAACAAAUACUAUUUGAACCCAGGCUUUAUAACAAAUGAAAUGUGUAUAUUAGACUGUGGUGUGUGUUGCAUUUCCUUCCUCCCUCUGAAUUCUGGUAUAAUAGUGUUUUUCAUCAGAAGUGCUUUUGACUGAUCUUUAGUGCCACUGCCUGGUUAUGAGUCAUGACACAUGAACCCUACAGAGACUAGGGCUAUAGUUAAACAUGUACUCCCCUAAGGUUACAUAAGCCAUAAAAAUAAACGUGUUUUAUAGAAUUACUGUCUCUUAAACAUUUGUCCACUUGCAUAAGAUUAUCUAAAUGGGCCUUUUUAAAAGCUAAAUGCAGCUAUUGAGAAAUGAUUUGAAUUUCUGCCCCCCAGCCCAAAAAGAUUCCCCCCCCCCCCCCCCUCUAGUGAGUAAUCCAAAGUGUCCUUUUAACCGGCAGACAUUUUCUGAAGAUCAGUAUGAGGUACAGGCUCACCCUGAGGAAGCCAACAUCGUGAUUUUUUCGAGCAAGGAGCCAAAAAUGCAGGUCACCAUCUCUCUAACUUCGCCACUGAUGAGGGAGGACCCUGCCCCUGAGAAGGAGGAAAAGGCAGGAGACAAAGCGGCUGAGAAAGGUUAGAGAAGCCAAGCUUUCAGUCCAAUAAAUGCACUGUAUGUCUCCCAAAGCUCAUACUCAACAAAAAGAAGAAGAAAUGGGACUUUUAACCAAGCCCAUAUUGAUUUUCAUCCAAAUGUGGUAGAUAUCGUAGAAUAACACUUUUGUUUCUCCCCUCCCGGCCUCCGAAGGUAUGAAGUAAAUUGACUCGCCCAUUCAUUUCUGUCUUGUUUUAAUUUAUCCAUUAUUUCCAGUACCAGUAGUCCUUCUGUUUUCCACUUUACUUUCUCCGACAUGGAAAUCUAAAGCAGGGCUCUCCGACCUUUCUAUGCCAUUUGUGUGUGAAUGUGUGUGUCUAUGGACACAUGCCCAGGUGAAACCAUGAAAAACAAUGGAAGUGAUAAACUAUACAAAGAUAAUGCCCAGGGAUGAGUGUGCGUCUAUUAACAUGACAUGCAGGAAUAAUUGUAUCACUUUUGAUAUACAUUUGAAUGUUAUUUUGUUCCUAUUAAUCUCCAUCUAGGCUAAUGUCAAUUUCCAUAAUCUUAUCAACAGUUAGUCAAUAGUUGCUAAUGGAGUUUUAAGAGAUCCCAUGACCAUCCCUCCAUCUCUCAUCCCUGUUAACUGAAACGGCAUCAACAAAGUAUUGAUUGACAAGGUGUUGGAGUGUCAUUCUAUCCCCACACAAUGGUCUCUAUUGAAGUUGGGACUAGAUUAUUGAAUUGAUUAGUCUGCUAUACAGUUAAACCCGUCGCAUUGCGGCAUACUCUUAGAACCAUUGUGAGAUGCAAAACACUCCCUCACCUAUGUGAGCUGAUCUCACCUUUUUCUAUCACUGUAAAUACCCUUACUUGGAAAAGGUUUCAAAUUAUAUUUCCCAUUGCUUAAGUUGUGGUGUUUGGGUUUGUUGAUCAGUAUGUCCGCCUGUAUCAGCAGACCUUGGCAAACAUACAGUAUGUACAUGCAUUUCCCCCUGUAACAGAGGCGCUAACAUCUACCACUCUUGCCACAACAGUCUCUAGGAACAUGGAAAGCCCUAUUGUACAACUGUAGCUUAUCUUGUGAAAUUACAUUUAGCCACAGCUCUAAAUGACUAAGAAGUUACCAUUUGGCAUUCCAUAUGUCUAUUCAGUUCAAUAUGUAUAUUGAUAAAUAGCAUGAUAUGGCAAUGGAUGCAUUAAGAACAUCAAGUCCCAAAUUGAAUGCAUUAUUGGCACAUUUUCUUACCAUGGAAGUGAUUUGUGGUAAAACGGUCUAUGACCUAAUAGUUGAAUUACCCUGUUUGUCAUAUUUUGUUAAUCAACACAUCCAAUGCAAUCACUUAAUAUUUCCUCCUGACUUUCUUUAUCUCUGUUAUUACCCAUAACUCAUGAGAAACUGGGUGAAACAGUACUGUAGGUGGCUCUGAUGGACACAUUCAUAUGAGUGAUAGAGCAGUAAUCAAUGAGCCAGUGUGUUCCUCCUAUCCUACUGUAGGGGUGCCUGAGAAAGACCCUCCUGAUGUUCUGAACCGAAGGAAGUGCCUGGAGUACCUAGCUGCUCUGAGACACGCCAAGUGGUUCCAGGUAAAGAGAAUAUGUACAAUGGCAAACAACAUGUUCACUCCUAAGUAUCCCGAGUCCCAGAUCGUGACUAAGACAGCAAUGGAGUUGGCAAGACAGCACAAACAGAUCUGGGACAGCCUAAUGCCUAAGUACUGAGUCCCAGAAUCUUCAUAAACAUGAUCCAUAAACAGGGCCUAGGUAAAACUCCAGGCCCUAGUUAUAGCUUGUCUGUGUAUAACAGUGCACUGUAACAGGUGUUGACUUGUCUUUUGUGUGUGUGGUAUCUACAGGCUCGUGCCAACGGUCUUCAGUCCUGUGUGAUCAUCAUUAGACUGUUACGUGAUCUGUGCCAGCGAGUUCCAACCUGGGGCAAGAUGCCAGCCUGGGUGAGGAUGUUCUGUCUCAAUGUUCAGCUUUUUUAACUAAGCUAAUUGACGUUAAAGUUCUUAAUUGUGUGUUGUGUGUCUUACGUGGUGUGUGUGGACUCCCUGUGUUCAGGCUAUGGAGCUGCUGGUAGAGAAGGCCAUCAGCAGUGCCACGGGGCCCCUCAGCCCAGGGGAAGCCAUGCGUAGGGUCCUGGAGUGUAUUGCCACGGGCAUUCUGCUGCCAGGUGAGGGAGUUUGCUAGUAUUAUUUGUUAGUAUUGGUUAGCCAGGGUGGGAUCACCCCACAUUUACUGCAGUUCUGUUUUGCCCCACCUGGAACCUCUUUGUUCUCUAGUGCUUCCUACUGGUCAUUCAGGGUCCAAGGAAAGAAAUAAAGGGGAAACUUGAAUUUUGAACUGUACAGUGUGCUUUGUCAGCGGUAUACAUAGCUAGCAGUGUUACUUUACAUUCUUGAAGCAGAAGUUGUUCAGAGCGGUGGUAUGUAAGCAGUGAGUGGAACAAUAUAAAUAAUGUAGCAGUAGUCAUAUAUAUAUACAUACAUACAUACAUACAUACUGUCUUGCGAAAGUAUUCACCCCCCUUGGCAUGUUUCCUAUUUUGUUGCCUUACAACCUGGAAUUAAAAUGGAUUUUUGGGGGGUUUGUAUCAUUUGAUUUACACAACAUGCCUACCACUUUGAAGAUGCAAAAUAUUUUUUAUUGUGAUACAAACAAGAAAUAAGACAAAAAAACAGAACUUGAGCGUGCAUAACUAUUCACCCCCGCGAAGUCAAUACUUUGUAGAGCCACCUUUCCAAGCAAUUACAGCUGCAAGUCUCUUGAGGUAUGUCUCUAUAAGCUUGGCACAGCUAGCCACUGGGAUUUUUGCCUAUUCUUCAAGGCAAAACUCCUUCAAGUUGGAUGGGUUCCGCUGGUGUACAGCAAUCUUUAAGUCAUAACACAGAUUCUCAAUUGGUUUGAGGUCUGGGCUUUGACUAGGCUAUUCCAAGACAUUUAAAUGUUUCCCCUCACACACUCAAGUGUUGCUUUAGCAGUAUGCUUAGGGUCAUUGUUCUGCUGGAAGGUGAACCUCCAUCCCAGUCUCAAAUCUCUAGAAGACUGAAACAGGUUUCCCUCAAGAAUUUCCCUGUUUCUGAUUUUUUUUAUUUUUAUAACCCAACCCUGAUCUGUACUUCUCCACAACUUUGUCCCUGACCUGUUUGGAGAGCUCCUUGGUCUUCAUGGUGCCCCUUGCUCGGUGGUGCCCCUUGCUCGGUGGUGCCCCUUGCUCGGUGGUGCCCCUUGCUCGGUGGUGCCCCUUGCUUGGUGGUGUUGCAGACUCUGGGGCCUUUCAGAACAGGUGUACAUAUACUGAGAUCAUGUGACAGAUUAUGUGACACUUAGAUUGCACACAGGUGGACUUUAUUUAACUUAUUAUGUGACUUCUGAAGGUAAUUGGUUGCACCAUAUCUUAUUUAGGGGCUUCAUAGCAAAGGGGGUGAAUACAUAUGCACGCACCACUUUUCCUUUAUUUAUUUUUUAGAAUAUUUUGAAACAAGUAAUUUUUUUCACUUCACCAAUUUUGACUAUUUUGUGUAUGUCCAUUUAUAUGAAAUCCAAAUAAAAAUCCAUUUAAAUUACAGGUUGUAAUGCAACAAAAUAGGAAACACGCCAAUGGGGAUGAAUACUUUUGCAAGGCACUGUACAUACAGUGGGGAAAAAAAAGUAUUUAGUCAGCCACCAAUUGUGCAAGUUCUCCCACUUAAAAAGAUGAGAGAGGCCUGUAAUUUUCAUCAUAGGUACACGUCAACUAUGACAGACAAAUUGAGAAAAAAAAUCCAGAAAAUCACAUUGUAGGAUUUUUAAUGAAUUUAUUUGCAAAUUAUGGUGGAAAAUAAGUAUUUGGUCACCUACAAACAAGCAAGAUUUCUGGCUCUCACAGACCUGUAACUUCUUCUUUAAGAGGCUCCUCUGUCCUCCACUCGUUACCUGUAUUAAUGGCACCUGUUUGAACUUAUCAGUAUAAAAGACACCUGUCCACAACCUCAAACAGUCACACUCCAAACUCCACUAUGGCCAAGACCAAAGAGCUAUCAAAGGACACCAGAAACAAAAUUGUAGACCUGUACCAGGCUGGGAAGACUGAAUCUGCAAUAGGUAAGCAGCUUGGUUUGAAGAAAUCAACUGUGGGAGCAAUUAUUAGGAAAGGGAAGACAUACAAGACCACUGAUAAUCUCCCUCGAUCUGGGGCUCCACGCAAGAUCUCACCCCGUGGGGUCAAAAUGAUCACAAGAACGGUGAGCAAAAAUCCCAGAACCACACGGGGGGACCUAGUGAAUGACCUGCAGAGAGCUGGGACCAAAGUAACAAAGCCUACCGUCAGAAACACACUACGCCGCCAGGGACUCAAAUCCUGCAGUGCAAGACGUGUCCCCCUGCUUAAGCCAGUACAUGUCCAGGCCCGUCUGAAGUUUGCUAGAGUGCAUUUGGAUGAUCCAGAAGAGGAUUGGGAGAAUGUCAUAUGGUCAGAUGAAACCAAAAUAUAACUUUUUGGUAAAAACUCAACUUGUCGUGUUUGGAGGACAAAGAAUGCAAAGAACACCAUACCUACUGUGAAGCAUGGGGGUGGAAACAUCAUGCUUUGGGGAUGUUGUUCUGCAAAGGGACCAGGACGACUGAUCUGUGUAAAGGAAAGAAUGAAUGAGGCCAUGUAUCGUGAGAUUUUGAGUGAAAACCUCCUUCCAUCAGCAAAGGCAUUGAAGAUGAAACGUGGCUGGGUCUUUCAGCAUGACAAUGAUCCCAAACACACCACCCGGGCAACGAAGGAGUGGCUUCGUAAGAAGCAUUUCAAGGUCCUGGAGUGGCCUAGCCAGUCUCCAGAUCUCAACCCCAUAGAAAAUCUUUGGAGGGAGUUGAAAGUCUGUGUUGCCCAGCGACAGCCCCAAAACAUCACUGCUCUAGAGGAGAUCUGCAUGGAGGAAUGGGCCAAAAUACCAGCAACAGUGUGUGAAAAACUUGUGAAGACUUACAGAAAACGUUUGACCUGUGUCAUUGCCAACAAAGGGUAUAUAACAAAUUAUUGAGAAACUUUUGUUAUUGACCAAAUACUUAUUUUCCACCAUAAUUUGCAAAUAAAUUCAUUAAAAAUCCUACAAUGUGAUUUUCUGGAUAUUUUUUUCUCAUUUUGUCUGUCAUAGUUGACGUGUACCUAUGAUGAAAAUUACAGGCCUCUCAUCUUUUUAAGUGGGAGAACUUGCACAAUUGGUGGCUGACUAAAUACUUUUUUUCCACACUGUACAUACAUACAUACAUACAUACAGUUGAAGUCUGAAGUUUACAUACACUUAGGUUGGAGUCAUUAAAACUUGUUUUUCAACCCUCCACAAAUGUCUUGUUAACAAAUUAUAGUUUUGGCAAGUCGGUUAGGACAUCUACUUUGUGCAUGACACAAGUAAUUUUUCCAACAAUUGUUUACAGACAGAUUAUUUCACUGUAUCACAAUUCCAGUGGGUCAGAAGUUUACAUACACUAAGUUGACAGUGCCUUUUAAACAGCUUGGAAAAUUCCAGAAAAUGAUGUCAUGGCUUUAGAAGCUUCUGAUGGGCUAAUUGACAUCAUUUGAGUCAAUUGGAGGUGUACCUGUGGAUGCAUUUCAAGGCCUACCUUCAAACUCAGUGCCUCUUUGCUUGACAUCAUAGGAAAAUCUAAAGAAAUCAGCCAAGACCUCUGAAUAAAAAUUGUAGACCUCCACAAGUCUGGUUCAUCCUUGGGAGCAAUUUUCAAACGCCUGAAGGUACCACGUUCAUCUGUACAAACAAUAGUACGCAAGUAUAAACACCAUGGGACCACGCAGCCGUCAUACCGCUCAGGAAGGAGAUGCGUUCUGUCUCCUAGAGAUGAACAUACUUUGGUGCGAAAAGUGCAAAUCAAUCCCAGAACAACAGCAAAGGACCCUGUGAAGAUGCUGGAAGAAACAUGUACAAAAAUAUCUAUAUCCACAGUAAAACGAGUCCUAUAUCGACAUAACCUGAAAGGCCGCUCAGCAAGGAAGAAGCCACUGCUCCAAAACCGCCAUAUAAAAAAAAGCCAGACUACAGUUUGCAACUGCACAUGGGGACAAAGAUCGUACUUUUUGGAGAAAUGUCCUCUGGUCUGAUGAAACAAAAAUAUAACUGUUUGGCCAUAAUGACAAUCGUUAUGUUUGGAGGAAAAAGGGGUUUGCUUGAAAGCCGAAGAACACCAUCACAACCGUGACGCACGGGGGUGGCAGCAUCAUGCUGUGGGGGUGCUUUGCUGCAGGAGGGAAUGGUGCACUUCACAAAAUAGAUGGCAUCAUGGGGAAGGAAAAUUAUGUGGAUAUAUUGAAGCAACAUCUCAAGACAUCAGUCAGGAAGUUAAAGCUUGGUCACAAAUGGGUCUCCCAAAUGGACAAUGACCCCAAGUAUACUUCCAAAGUUGUGCCAAAAUGGCUUAAGGACAACAAAGUCAAGGUAUUGGAGUGGCCAUCACAAAGCCCUGACCUCAACCCUAUCGAAAGUUUGUGGGCAGAACUGAAAAAGCGUGUGCGAACAAGGAGGCCUACAAACCUGACUCAGUUACACCAGCUCUGUCAGGAGGAAUGUGCCAAAAUUCACUCAACUUAUUGUGGGAAGCUUGUGGAAGGCAACCCGACACGUUUGACACAAGUUAAACAAUUUAAAGUCAAUGCUACCAAAUACUAAUUGAGUGUAUGUAAACUUCUGACCCACUGGGAAUGUGAUGAAAGAAGUAAAAGCUUAAAUAAAUCCUUCUCUCUACUAUUAUUCUGACAUUUCACAUUCUUAAAAUAAAGUGGUGAUCCUAACUGACUUAAGACAGGGAAUUUUUUACUAGGAUUAAAUGUCAGGAAUUGUGAAAAACUGAGUUUAAAUGUAUUUGGCUAAGGUAUGUAAACUUCAGACUUCAACUCUGUAUAUGUAUAUAUCUAUCAGUUUGAGUGAUUUGUGUUCCUUUUCUCAGACGGUCCUGGGCUGCUGGACCCCUGUGAGAAAGCCCAAACCGAUGCUCUUGGGAGCAUGACCAAGCAAGCCAGGGAAGACAUUACUGCCAGCGCGCAGGUACUAUCACUACCACACUCACCAUGUGAUUGGGCAUAAUCAACAGUAACUUUUGGAAGACUACCACCUUAGACUGGGAAACGGGGCGGCAUGUAAAGAAAUCAUGGAUAAGCUAUAUGGGUACAGAUUCACUUAACUUAAACCCCCUUGUUAUUAUGCUAGUUCUGUUUACACUCCAUUCGUGUUUGAUUUUCACACAUUGAUAUGUGUGAGAAGGGAAUGUUUGAAGUCCACUGAUUGACCUCUCCUCUCUCUGGUUCCAGCAUGCUCUGCGACUGUUGGCGUUCCGUCAGAUCCACAAGGUUCUGGGGAUGGACUCCCUGCCGGCGUCCAAGGCCAGCGCUCGGAACCGCAAGCGCAGACGGGACGGGAGCGAGACGGGAGAAGGAGAGGGGGAGGGCAAGAAAGACAAGAAAGAGGAUGCAGAAGAGGUGGAUGCUUGAUCUCUGCCAGAGCAGCGUUAGCCUGGGUGCCCGUCUGGUUCUGCUUCUAAUGUUGGCAUGAGAAUGAUAGUGGAGUAAAGCAGAAACUGACUGGCACCCAGGCUAGAGCAGGUUAGUAGUCUAUACUGGCAGAAUGUCACAUCCUUUACGUUUAUUUUUAUUCUCAAAAUCUAUAUGAAUAUAACUGACUUAGUCGUAACAUUUCUGUCUCCCUAGAGGGAGGAGAGAAUGGGAGGGGAAAGGUAAAGAUUAUUUACUGUAAUUCUCUCCCAGUCAUUCUGUACUGUAACAUACUGUAGAUGUGCUGAAAAUUGGCUUUAACGUCACUGACAUUUCAAGGAGUUAAUGACUGAUAGCCUGAUCCCAGAUCUGUAUGUGCUUCAGGCCAACUCCUCUUCAUGUAUUUAUGGCAUGAAAACGAUCGUCAGAGGAGUCAACGAUCGUCAGGAGUUUGCUAAAGCACAUACUGAUCUGGAACCAGGCUAAAUGAUUGCAUCAUUCCAUUUCCAGAAUAUUUGCCCACUCAGCUACUGAAGCCCUCCCAUUUUCAGUACCUGUACCAACCACUGUUACUUACCAUUGUCUUCUAUGUACUGUAAGUACUCUUACAUGGAUGCCUACAUUGUAACAAAGCCCUUUUAGCUUUUUUUUCCUGCUUUUCUUAUUGAAGACGAGCUUUAAUCCUAUACUGCACAGGCUAGUUCAAGUGUUUUAUUAUAUACCGAAGACUGCAGGAGUUCCUCAUCUAGGUGCAUGAAUUGAGAUGAGUUCUGUAGAUGUGGAUGGGUUUUGCUGAAGGGUCCGGGGUGAAGACCUGUUACUCAGAGGUUUUAAAUACAAAGACAUGGGUAAAUUAAAGUAUGUUUUAAGAAUGUACGGUUCAUUGUGCCUAAAUUGCAGGCAAUGACAAAUACAAUUCUAAAGCUGUAAUGUGAAGAAAAACACGUAGAAAACAUUGCUCUUUGAAAAGCACUCUCCGUAUAGUCUAUAAAGAUGCCUAUACAUUUGUCAGACACCUGAAAGAAAAAAAUCUGCUUUGUACAAGAUGUGAUUGCACCACAAAACACUUUUAAAGCUUAAAGGAAUCACUGGGUAAUAGAAAAUGUUUUGUCUAAGAGUUGACUGAUAGCUCAUACAGUAUGUUGCACAGUCUAAGUCUAGCAUGCUGAGAGAAUGAAGCACUUAUAAAAUGACCAUGAUGUUAUUAUAUGCAGCCAUAUUUUUAUGUAAACUUGCCUAUUAACAAUCUGUUUGUGUUACUGGAGGAAAAUGUCUUUGGUGAGUGAGAACUAGAAGUAUGGAUAUCUACUGAAAUUAUCAAGGGAUACCAGUCUUAAGACUUUCUUCCUUGUGCCUGCAUGGUUUUGUGUCUAGGAGAUGUCGUAUCUAUGGACUGAAGGUUCUAAAAGUGGAACAUUUAAAGCGAAGAUCUUAUUCACAUACUGUAUCUUUGUGCAUUAAGAUUUUGUAAGAAGCGGUUUGUGCUUUUCAUAUUGACUUCAUCUACAAAGAGCAUCUUCACAGCACCCAUUUUAAGUUUUGUUUUUAUCUUUGCAGGAUGUUGCAAUUUACUUUAUUGUUAAAAGGAGAGUUAACGUUGCUGUAAUAUUAUUUGAAUUUCUUUGUAGUGGCGCCUUAAAUCAAGGAUGAAUAUUAAAGACUUAACCCAUGGUCUACUUUUCUGAUUAUGUGAAUAAUUGAUUAUUUUUGACAGAACUGCCAUCCCACACCUUGUAAAAUGUGUUGCCAUUCAUGUAGUCCCGUGUAGCUCAGUUGGUAGAGCAUGGCGUUUGCAACGCCAGGGUUGUGGGUUCGAUUCCCACGGGGGGCCAGUAUGAAAAUGUAUGCACUCACGAACUGUAAGUCGCUCUGGAUAAGAGCGUCUGCUAAAUGACUAAAAUGUAAAAAAAAAUAUGCCACUGAAAAAAUGGUCCGCGCUUCCACAAAGGAGGAAUUGUAUCGUAUCGCACCCCUCUGAUAUAUUGAAUAUUCAUGAAUGUAAAGAGAGCAGCAAUCAAAUGAGAUGGGCUAAUUCCAUUGAAUUCUACAGUCUGGCAGAAAUGAGUGUUUGAAUCAGGAAAAUGUCCUCUCACAACCUCUACAAGCCAGAAUGUUGAAUAAAAUUCUUAUUUUAACAUACUUUACCAGUUGUCCAUGCGGUUGGCCCUUUUGGCGGUAGGAAUGUUAGACCAAUAUAUCCACAAGAAAGUAUAAUUACAUCAACUUUUCAAAGCGCUGGUAGUGUGUUACGAUUUCUAUUACCUGAAACGUGCACAAGAAAAAAAAAACAUGCGCAUGCCUCAGGUGAUGGAAAUCUGAACGCACUACCAGCGCUUUGGAAAAUUGAUGUAAUUAUACUUUCCUGUGGAUAUGUUGUCUCACAUUCCUACCGCCAAAAGGACCAACCGGUAAAGUACGGUAAAAUAUACAUUUAUUCAACAUUCUGGCUUGUAGAGCCAGAGGAAACUUUCCUGAUUCAAAUGAUAAUUUCUGCAAUUCAACGUCGGGUUUCCAGGCAAGGUGGUGAGUAAUCAUUGAAGCGCUGGCUAGUAUUCGAAGAUGCGUUUUUGAUUAACUUACAACACACAACCUCUUAUGUUCUUGUCAUCGGAACUUUUAACUGCAUAAAGGAAUUAGGAAGUAGCUAUUUCUACCGCGAUUCUCGUUGUUACUAAAUAGCCUGUAAUGCGACGCGCCGGGGCAAUUGGUCACUGGCGUCCUCGCCCAUUCCACAAAUCGAAACUGCGAUGAGAAAUGUGACCGAUCGAAUCCUAAUGCUGAUCAACAUUGUGAACAAAUGUAGUGUUAUUGGUAAGUAACAGUUUCAGCUCACUGUUAUGGCUUCACUUGUGUUCUCAUUAUCAGGAAAUAAAUAGUCUUAGUUCAUACGUCAAUUGCUACAGCUCUCCAAAUACCUGCAUGUUAUGAGCACUCAUAUGUCUGGACCAUAUUACAGUUUGCUUCAUUGCUGAGCCACAGGUAUCUGACUGCCAUAUGAUGUCCCACCUUGAGUGGUCUGUUUUAAUGCUGUUGCCUAUUUAUUUUCUUAUAUUUAACUGAUCCUUCAAAUAGGGUUUCUUUUUUUAGGAAUGUAUAUAUUUUAAUGACUUGGAAUGGAGCAGUGGUAGGCUACUGUUACUCUAACAUAUUGUUUAUUUAGCCUACUAUUAUUGCUAGAAUUGUGUUAGAAGUUUUCCAGAUGGUGUUUCUCAUAAGACAUUUGCUCUCCUUGAACAGGUGUUCUUGUUACUGAUGAAUUUACAUCCAUCCAGACUUAUUCUUGAGGAUGGCAACGGUAUGUAUCAAUUGUAUGUCCCGGGUCAAUAACUGUGAGAUAAAAUCAUUAUUUCAUGACACUGCAUGGCUUGUUUAUCAGUUUGUAGGAAAUAGUGACUCAUUCCCUCCUGAGAAAUAACUGGUUAAUUUACAUUUUUAAAAUGUUUAGUCAUUUAGCAGACACUCUUAUCCAGAGCGACUUAGUGCAUACAUUAUUUUUCAUACUGGCCCCCCGUGGAAAUCGAAUCCACAACCCUGGCAUUGCAAACGCCAUGCUCUACCAACUGAGCUACAUCCCUGCCGGCCAUUCCCUCCCCUACCCUGGACGACCCUGGGCCAAUUGUGCGCCGCCCCAUGAGUCUCCCGGUCACGGCCGGCUACGACAGAGCCUGGAUUCGAACCAGGAUCUCUAGUGGUACAGCUAGCACUGCGAUGCAGUGCCUUAGACCACUGCACCACUCACUUAAUUUACCACCAUGUCUGAACUUAAAUUUUAGUUGGAGUUUCUGAGCAACUGAUGCUGUAAAUGUCAAAGUUGCCUUCUCUAUCUCCCCCUUAUAGAAGAGUUUGGCGUCCGGCACACAAUGUGUUUCCAAGAGUGACCACAGCAAACCUAAAGCUGGUGAACUGGCCUACUGCAAAGGAGACAUCCUCACUAUUGUGGAAACAGGAACGGUACAUAAUGACUAUGUUGUUAUUCUAUGGUCAGAAAAGGGUCUCAGGGGCCCUCGUUGCACACAAUGUACUUUCCAAAAAUAAUAAUCCAAACUUGCCCCUGCUCUUUGUGUACUGUCUGCUCUGGUGGGGGCUCUAUAAAUACAAUUGAGAUGAAAUUAAUCUAUUUGCAUGAUUCUACUGAAUGCUAUUCUGAUGCUGUUUUCUAGGGGAAAGGACAUUACAAGGCCAGACACAACACCACAGGAGAGGAAGGACUCAUCUCUUCCACCAACGUGCGAGAACGAGAGGCCAUUCGCGUCAACCCCAGUCUCAGUCUCAUGCCGUAGGUCUAUUUAAGGCUAUGCGUCUGGACUUCUAUAUAUAGACCUAUAUUACAAUACACCUACUUUAUAGCAUACAACUAUAGUACAAUUAAGAUGGAAGAUUUGAUCCAGUUUGGUUAGCUCUGAGCUAGGGCCAGGUGGUUUUCCUGACCUUGAGACAACUCCUGGCCCUUUAUGGAAUAUCUAUCUAAUCCCGACCAAUAACUCUGUUGGUCCAUGCUAGCUGGUUCCAUGGGAAGAUCUCAGGUCCUGAGGCGGUGUCCAAGCUGCGGCCUGUGGAGGAUGGCCUGUUCCUGGUGCGGGAGUCCAUCCGUCACCCUGGUGAUUACGUGCUCUGUGUCAGCUACUCCAGCCAGGUCAUCCACUACCGAGUCCUCUACCAGGACAGCAAACUGACCAUCGACAAAACCCAGUACUUCUACAACCUCUUAGACAUGAUAGAGGUGAGGAGGAGAUAGAUUUGUUUGAUUUAUUUAUACAACUUUUAUUUAUCAAGGUUAAUCUCAUUGAGGUAAAAUCUAUUCUGUAAGACAGACCUUAUUGAUAGGGUCAGGAGUUUAUAUAUUGAAAAUUAGCUGGACGUGUUGAGAUAUGUGUAUACAGUGCAGACCUUUUAAUAAACAGGUUAACAUUCGUAAGGCCACGAGGCCAGACGGAAUUCCUGGAUGCGUGCUCGGCGCAUGCGCUGACAGAUGGCAAGUGUCUUCACUGACAUUUUCACCCUGACCCGUUCUGUAAUACCAACUUGUUUCAAGCAGACCACCAUAGUCCCCGUGCCCAAGAACGCCAUGGUAACCUGCCUAAAUGACUAUCGCCCCGUAGCACUCACAUCUAUAGCCAUGAAAUGCUUUGAAAUUCUGGUCAUGGCUCACAUCAACACCAUCAUCCCGGACACCCUGGACCCACUCCAAUUUGCAUACCACCCCAACAGAUCCACAGAUGACGCACACUGACCUCACACACCUGGACAAAAGGAAUGCCCGUGCAAGAAUGUUGUUCAUUGACUACAGCUCAGCAUUCAACACCAUAGUCCCCUCCAAGCACAUCACCAAGCUAGGGACCCUGGGACUCCCUCUGCAACUGGAUCCUUGACUUCUUGACGGGCCGCCCCCAGGCGGUGAGGGUAGGCAACAAUACAUCUGCCGCGCUGACCAUCGAUACUGGGGCCCCUCAAGGGUAUGUGCUUAUUCCCCUCCUGUACUCCCUGUUCACCCACGACUGCGUGGCCGCAGGAAACGGCGGGGCGAGCACACACCCAUCCACAUCGAUUGGGCUGUAGUGGAGCGGGUUGAGAGCUUCAAGUUCCUCGGUGUCCACAUCACUAAGGAAUUAACAUGGUCCAUACACACCCACACAGUUGUCAAGAGGGCACGACAGUGCCUCUUCCCCCUCAGGAGGCUGGAAAGAUUUGGCAUGGGCUCUCACAUCCUCAGAAGUUCUACAGCUGCACCAUUGAGAGCAUCUUGACUGGCUGCAUCACCACUUGGUACAGCAACUGCAAGGCACCCGACCGCAAGGCGCUACAGAGGGUGGUGAGUACGGACCAGUGCAUCACUAGGGCCGAGCUCCCUGCCAUUCAGGACCUCUAUACCAGGCGGUGUCAGAGAAAUGCCCAAAAAUGUGUCAAAGACUCCAGCCACCCAAGCCAUAGACUAUUCUCUCUGCUACCGCACAGCAAAUGGUACCAGUGCACCAAGUCUGGAACCAACAGGACCCUGAACAGCUUCUACCCCAAGCCAUAAAACUGCUAAACAUGACUGCUAAGUAGCUAAUCAAAUGGCUACCCGGACUACCUGUAUUUACCCUUUUUUGAACUCACACAUAUUACACUGACACCACAACACAUACACACACACACUACAAACGCCCACACCUGCAUACGGAUGUCACAAACACACACUUUCACACCACGCUGCUGCUACUGUUCCACAUAUGCUGCUGCUACAGCUCAUUCUAUUAUAUAUCAUGUUGUCUAGUCACUUUACCCCUAUAGCUACCUCAAUUACCUUGUACCCCUGCACAUCGACUCAGUACUGGUACUCCCUGUGUAUAGCUCUGCUAUUUUUACUCGUUAUUCGUUAUUCACUGUGUAUUUAUUCCUCGUGUCACUUUAUCUUUAUCUUUAACUCUGUAUUGUUGGAAAAGGACCGGUAAGUAAGCAUUCACUGUUAGUCUACACCUGUUGUUUACAAAGCAUGUGACAAAUACCAUUUUAUUUUGAGGGUUUCCUUACAAAUAUCUUGCCUACGGCAUUAUACUGAGGAGCUAAUGUUCAUAAUCACAACAGGGAGCCUGAUCACACUGAAUUUGAUUUGAACCACAUUGAAAGGAACUGUCGUUUACUGUUUACAGUUUAAAAGAAAGACUUAAGUCCCAGCAGACCUUUUAAUGUUAAUCUAUAUUGAGCCUGUGAGUUUCCGAGCUAUUGGAAAGCACAGCCACAAUGGUGUUUGGAGAUGUGAGUGACUGUAAAGACUAAAGAUGGCUCACCACUCCCUUAUCUGUGGAGCACAGAUGUCUUUAUCCCUGACUCAUAUCGCUGGCUAACUCUUGUGAGGAAAUAAAGGGAGAAUCCAGCUGCUCCCUGACACCCACAGCUGAGGGCAGGACUAUUCGAUUUAAAAAUAAAACAAGUUUGUUGUGUACAGUUCUUUUUGAUAGUACUAAAUUGGUAUAGUUUUAGAAUGAAUAACUAACAGUAAAUACUGUACAUACAUUCAGUAUACUGUAUGUGGCCCCUACAUACACUUGUGUCGUGAGUUCUAGCAACCAACUUAGUAAAUAAAAAACGAGCCUCUUAAGUUUGCGACAGAUAUAUUUUGUAAAUCUAUCUCAAACGGCACGUCAUAACAGUAGUCAGGACAUUAACACCUGCCCCUUAUCAGCUGUGGUUAGUGCACUGUGGCUUUGCAGUGCAACUAAAGAAGAAAAGGCUUAUGUCCUGACUACUGUUAUGACGUGCCGUUUGAGAUAGAUUUACAAAAUAUAUCUGUCGCAAACUUAAGAGGCUCGUUUUUUAUUUACUAAGUUGGUUGCUAGAACUCACGACACAAGUGUAUGUAGGGGCCACAUACAGUAUACUGAAUGUAUGUACAGUAUUUACUGUUAGUUAUUCAUUCUAAAACUAUACCAAUUUAGUACUAUCAAAAAGAACUGUACACAACAAACUAUCGAAUAGUCCUGCCCUCAGCUGUGGGUGUCAGGGAGCAGCUGGAUUCUCCCUUUAUUUCCUCACAAGAGUUAGCCAGCGAUAUGAGUGGCGCAGUGGUCUAAGGCACUGCAUCGCAGUGCUAACUGUGCCACUAGAGAUCCUGGUUCGAAUCCAGGCUCUGUCGCAGCCGGCCGCGACCGGGAGACUCAUGGGCGGCGCACAAUUGGCCCAGCGUCGUCCAGGGUAGGGGAGGGAAUGGCCGGCAGGGAUGUAGCUCAGUUGAUAGAGCAUGGCGUUUGCAACGCCAGGGUUGUGGGUUCGAUUCCCACGGGGAGCCAGUAUAAAAAAUAUAAAAAUACAUUUUUAAAAAAUUUAAAAAUGUAAUCACUAACUGUAAGUCGCUCUGGAUAAGAGUGUCUGCUAAAUGACUAAAAUGUAAAUGUAAUGUAAUGUAAUGCUCAGCUCGCUACCAUAACAUCAUUUUCUCCAAAAGUGUCAAUGACAGUAUAGUUCAGUCUCUGUUUUAAUAUAAGCUGUCACUAAUGGCUAUCUAUGCAGUUCUACUCCAAGCACAAGGGAGCUAUCGCCACCAAACUUCUAAAGCCCAAAGAGAAGGAGGGAACCAAGUCAGCUGAGUUGGAGCUGUCUAAAAGUAAGAGCUUGGCCUUUACCGUCUCAUGAUGUGUCAGAGUUGGCCUCCUCAAGGCUCAUCGAUUCCUUCCUGGUUGGGGGCUGCUGGGUAUUUUGUGGGUGUAAGGGUGUGUCUCACUUCUUUCUUUUGAAGUGAGAGCGAUAAAGAAUGAAAAGCUACUUGUUUUAGACUGUUGUCUCUGUGUGUGUCACAGCGGGAUGGCUGCUGGAUAUCAGGAAGCUGACCUUGGGAGAGAGUAUCGGGGAGGGGGAGUUUGGAGGUGAGACUGCAAUGUCUUAUUGUGAAUGUUUUAAAAUGAACCGUAAACCAUUCUAACAUUGAAUUGAACCCUGAUUCUAGAUGUUACAGGUUUAAUUGACAGUCAUCCUUUUGUCCAAUAGCCGUGUAUGAAGGAGACUACAUGGGCCAGAAGGUGGCAGUAAAGAACAUUAAAUGUGAUGUAACGGCUCAGGCAUUCUUAGAAGAGACCACUGUUAUGACGUGAGUCGAGAGUAGCGAGACAUGUUUUCUUGAUUAACUUAAUUGAUUUAAUUAAAUGGAGGAAUUUCUAACUUCCUUUAUUCCUUCCUUCAUUUUAUGCUUUCUUUCUUCCUUCCUUGUUUCCUUCCUUCCUUCCCUUCCUUCCUUCCUUCCUUGCUUCCUUCCUUCAUUGAUUGUUUUUGAUCUGACUCUCCACUAGGAAAUUACAGCAUAAGAAUCUGGUGCGGUUGUUGGGGGUGAUCCUACACAAUGGACUGCACAUCGUCACAGAGCUCAUGGCCAAGGUACUGCUGCUGUGACUUCAGUACAGUCAAUCUGUAGUCACAGUCAAUCAAGACUAACAAAUAUACUAGGAGUAGACUUCAUCUCAGUCCAGGAGACAGGCCCUAAUAGCUUGUUGAUGCAAAACAAUUGUAGCAAACACACAAUUAGGGACUAACUUAAAUUACACAACUCCUAUCCAACUGUAUUUCUCUUUAUUUGUGUGUUGCAGGGUAAUCUGAUGAACUUCCUCCGGACGAGGGGCCGUUAUGUCAUCGGCACUGACCAGCUACUACGCUUUGCACUGUGAGGCCAUAUCAUAGAAUUACAUAGAACUCUAUACACUCUACAUUACUACAAUCACACUGCUCUUUAACAGUCAACUCGUGUCCCUUAGUCAUUCAUAGCGGAUCCCAUGUUUGUAGGUAUAUACAGUUAAACGGCACUUCUUGGUACUCUCCCUGCCGCAUGACCAACUUUACAUUUGUGUCUAUUUCAGUAUAUAAGAGUGUGUGUGUUGUGUGUUCAGAGAUGUAUGUGAGGGUAUGGAGUACCUGGAGUCUAAGAGGUUGGUCCACAGAGACCUAGCGGCCCGUAACAUCCUGGUCUCCAACGAGGGCGUGGCCAAGGUCAGUGACUUUGGAUUGACCAAGUUGGACUGCAAUGCCUCAGACAAUGCUAAACUACCAGUCAAAUGGACAGCCCCUGAAGCCCUGAAGAAAGAGGUAUGAUCAUGUUUACCCCUCUAACAUCUAACGUUUAUCACGCUUACAGUACAGACUUAUGUGUAUUAACAGACUUAAAGAAUGCAUAAUUCAUGGGAAUUGUGUAUGACGGUUGGUUGGUGUCAGGGUUUUAGCCUAUGUCGUUAUCACACAGUACUUCUCAUGUCAAUCAACCAUCAUUGUUGUGAUUUUGCUACCUAUCAUUGAAUUGCUUUUGUGGUCAUGUGUGGUUGUCCUGCAGAAAUUCUCUACACGGUCAGAUGUAUGGAGCUACGGUAUUCUCCUCUGGGAGACGUUCUCCUAUGGUCGACAACCCUACCCUAAGAUGGUGAGUCCGGACUUUACUGAUCUUUAUGAACAGUGAUGUAGAAUUUUCAGUCACUGUGGCAGCACAAUGCACCAAAACUUAGUAUGAGAAAUGUGAACUGGUGUUUCGAAAAAUCAAUCAAGGCAGUCCGACCCAGUUGCUCACUUUCUUAUGGUGGUGUAAUGCGCUGAACAAUGGCAUGCCAUAGCUCUGUCAUUCAUGAAGCUGCAAGGUCCUCUGUUCUGACGCCAGUGUCGCAGCAGGUGUCCCAGAGGUCUUUUCCUGUGGGAGGAGAGCCACGGUAUAAUAAAGCUUAUUGAUUGCGUCAUCUGGAUACCUACGCCAGUCGUUUUUACCAGUGACAUCCUGGCACCAGUGCGUUUCUCCUAUUAUGGUUGGUCCUAAUGGAAAACGGGUUUGUUUGACAUUUUAUGCCUUUAUGACCCGUUUUCCACGUAUAUCAGCAGUGCUUUAUCCACUGAUGGACUUACAGUACUGAAACGAAAGAAACUUUGCCUAAGGUUAAAGGCCAUGUAAAUGUGUCAGGACAAGGAUUUGCACCAGACUCAUUUUAUCUCUCCUGAAUGGGAGUCGAGGGAAAUGAGGGGAUUUAUAAGCUUGGCUCUGGUCCGACUGUGUGUAGUUAUGUUGUACAAGUAGAGGACCCCUGUGAAUAGGUUUUAACCAUAUUUCUGUCCCAUGGUUUCUGAUGCGGUCAUAAACUGUAGUCUGUCCCAGACCUCUGUUUCUUUAGUACUACAUUUUAAUUGGCACUCAUUGUCACCAUAUGUGUUCAUUUGAAGAAAAACACCUUAGUCUUGGUGAAGCAGCACCGAUAACAAACUAUGCUGUGAUGACAGGGCAGUUAACUCUAGAGAAAUGGAAGGGUACAUUAUUUAUUUACUCCAUUCUUUAAAUUAUCUUUAUCCAUGCUUUAUCUGUUUGCAGGGAGUCUCAGUUACUCCCCACACAGGUAUGUAAAGCGGAGAAUCAAAGCAAUGGCACUAAGCAGGUAAUAAUGGCAGGGAUAAACCAGGAUUAGUGCUUGUAGGCCGCGUUUCUACGGCAACCGCUCCUGUUGGCAGCCAGCCAAAAAGAAGAACGAGGGGGUGGGGUGAGGAGGGUGAGAGAGUGUGUGUGUUCAUGAGUGUGUAUGUGUGUUUGUACAUGAAGGGGGGGAAGAGAUUAUGGAACUUGCACUCUCCUGUGACACAUAGUCUCACUGUCAAUCCUUUGUACCUGUCCAGCCCUAUCCCUGUUUGCCUGGCAGGUCAGGGAGAAUAUGAGGACAUGGCAUGGGCAGCCUGCGGGGGAUCAGCUAGACUGACUUAAAGCAUGCUUAGUGGUGGUUUAAUCAUAUAAUUAGAAUGAGUGACUCAUACUGCACUUGUUUAAUGCAGGAGAUUUAACAUACAAAUACAGUAUGUAGACUAAAUGCUGUAUGUUUGACCUUUUAUUUUGUGUCCACUAAAAAGUUAACUGACCCUUUAAGAGGGGAUGACAUUAUCUCAUGUCUCAUCUCUUUUUCUAUCUGUCUCGUUAUGUCUCCCUCCUCAGUCUCUGAAGGAGGUGAAGGAGCAUGUGGAGCAGGGUUACCGUAUGGAGGCUCCAGAGGAGUGUCCCCCCAGUGUCUACGCCCUGAUGAGGUGCUGCUGGGAGGCUGAGCCCAGGAAGAGGCCCUCCUUCCAUAAACUACAGGAGAAGCUGGAGAGAGAGCUGACCAAACACAGCCCUGGCCCUGGCUGCUGAAGUCACUUUAAUAAUCCUAUUCAAAUAACUAUUGUUCUUUGUUUUGAGCUGCCUGGAGCAGGGACAGUAACCUGGGCAGGUGGACCCAAGUGGUUACCGCUCGCUUCACAGCUUUCCCGGGAAACUCAAUGUAUUAUAGCAUCACACGGACGAAAGAGUAGCGGAUGAAGGAGUUCGCUUCUGCUGCAUGUUAUGUUUCUUUUUAAUGGAAUGAACUACUG